AGCGGCCUCGGCGGCGCUGCUGCCGCCGGUGCCCCCCGUAGGGCUCAGCAGAGGCGGCGGAGGAUGGCGGCAGCGGUCACGGGCACAGCAGCGGCAGCAGCGGGGCCGAGCGGCCGUGCGGAGGGAGCCAGCACCGUCCCGAGCAGCUCAUGGUGGCGCCCCAGAUCCGCGAGCAGCGGCCGCGCCGGGGCCGCCAGCUGAGCCGGAUCCCGGCGGGAGGCUCUCCCCUCUCGACACCGACCCACCAAGCGACCCGUUCCUGUUUCCCUGCCCACCCUCUCCCCCUUCCCCGGCGCGACCCGCGCCUCGGAUCGCCCUCGCCGGGGCCGGACUUUCACCACCCCAGGACGCCGCGGGGAAGGCGGCGGCGAAGGGCACCGGGCAGCGCCAGGCGGCGGCAGGACCAUGGGUGCGAAGCAGAGCAGCCCCACCGCCGCCAAUGGCCGCACCCGAGCGUACUCGGGCGGGGAUUUACCUUCCUCCAGCAGCAGCGGCGGCGGCGCUAACGGGACCGGCGGCCGCUCGGCCGGCGCAGGCGGGCGGUACGCGCACCUGGCGGCGGCGCCUCAUGCCGCUCCCGGCGGCGCGACAGCGGCGGCAGCAGGAGGAGCGGCGACGGCAGUGGCCGGGGGUGCCUCCGCGGGGUCGGCCCCUCGAAGCAGGUCCUUAGGGGGGGCCACCGCCUCCGGGGCCCGGGCCGCGCAGUCCUCCUUCAACAUCCCCCACAGCAGCGGCCCCUACGGCUCGCAGGACUCGGUCAGCAGCACCCCGGAGGAGGGCGGCCGGGAGCGGCCCGCGGGGGGCGGCAGCGGCUCCUCCGGCGGGCCCCGGCUGGUAAUCGGUUCGCUGCCCGCUCACCUCUCGCCGCACCUGUUCGGAGGAUUCAAGUGCCCUGUAUGUUCAAAAUUUGUAUCUUCUGACGAAAUGGAUUUACAUCUUGUGAUGUGUCUGACAAAACCAAGGAUAACCUACAAUGAGGAUGUGCUGAGUAAAGAUGCUGGGGAGUGUGCAAUAUGCCUGGAAGACCUGCAGCAAGGAGAUACUAUAGCACGGCUGCCUUGCCUCUGCAUAUACCAUAAAGGCUGCAUAGAUGAAUGGUUUGAAGUAAAUAGAUCUUGCCCUGAGCAUCCAUCGGAUUAAGACAAGAUUCAUGGUUUUAGCUGCUUCCACUGAUCAGAAAACACCGGAGGUGUGAGAUUCCUUUGCUGAACACAGCGUGCCUGGCUUGAGACUCCCAGUUCUUUGUGGCUGAAAAAGGCAAAGAUGGACGGUGACAUGGAGAAAGCAUUGCAGGAACCGGUUCCUUGCCGGUAGCGCUGGGUGCACCGAACCCUCACACCAAGGACACACAGGGGUUUUGAAAAUGCUGCACAUUCUGGAACAAUCGACUCCCCACGGACGUUCCUGACACGAUUUUGUACCGAAGGCCAAAGUUCCUCCUUUCAGCCUCACUUCUGGUUCUGUGAAGAAGCAGGUUAUCGGACACGUGCCUCACGUGGAAGCGGAGAUGUUCGAUACGUGCUAUCUGAGACCCUUGCAUGAAGACGGCCCUGGUUUUGAGUGGGAACGUUUUCACCUUCUUGUUGGCUGAAGAACAGUAAAAUGGCAAACUAAAUAUCACCUGACAGUGUGACCUUAAUUUACUGAAUUCACACCCUGGUUUGCGUUCCUCACUUCUCUCAAGAGCAGAAAACAUCAACUUCUCCGUAUAGGAAUACUGUAUUUCAGAUUUUUAUAACUAAAUGUUGGUCACAAUGCAGUCCAAAGAGUUAAACCCAAGACAGGCAACU